GCAGCAUGGCUCCAAAGAAAGUGGAACCGAAGAAGACGGAGGUGAAGAAGGUGGAGGCAAAGAAGGAGGAGCCUCCUCCUCCGGCCAAGCCUGCAGAACCAGAGCCCAAACCUCCCGAGGUGGACCUUAAGAGCAUUGUGGUGGAGUUCACUCCAGACCAGAUCGAAGAGUUCAGAGAUGCCUUCUCACUGUUUGACGAGACACCCAUGGGAGAAAUGAAGAUCACCUACGCUCAGUGUGGCAACGUCAUGCGAGCCCUGGGACACAACCCCACCAAUGACGAGGUUCUGAAGCUGCUGGGGAGGCCGAAGGUGGAGGAGCUCAAUGUCAAGCUGCUGGACUUUGACAGUUUUCUGCCCAUGCUGCAGCAUGUGGCCCGGUCCAAAGAGCAGGGCAACUUUGAGGACUUUGUGGAGGGUCUGAGGGUCUUCGACAAGGAGGGCAAUGGCACGGUGAUGGGGGCGGAGCUCCGCCACGUCCUUGCCACGCUGGGAGAGAAGAUGACAGAGGACGAGGUGGACCGUCUCAUGGCGGGACAGGAAGACGCCAAUGGACACAUCAAUUACACGGAGUUUGUCAAACACAUCCUGGCCGGGUAGAAGCAAACAUGUGAUGGACCGGAAGUCCAGAUCUUUGGUGU